AUGGACGGCAACGGUGAAUGUUCAGAGCCCAAUGUUCUGUUUAAUGCUCUGUUUCGACAUGGAGGAGAGUUUAUUGAUAACAAUGGUGAAACGAUUUAUAGGGGUGGUGUUUCUACUUUAGUUUCGGGGGAACAUAUAGAUGAGUGGACAAUGCAUCAUAUUCUUAACUUAGUAACUGGGUGGGGGUACUUAGAAGUUAGGAAUGUCACCCCUAAGUAUGUGUUUGAUUUAGAGGUUAGUGAUGAAGAAGUUAUUGAAGGUUUUAAUGAUAGUGAGGAUGAAAGGACAACUGCCAUUGUUGAUGGGUUUGAUGAUCUUGAUGGUAUUGAUGUAACUGUACCAAUUAGGGAGAGUCCAGUCAUUGCAGGCUUGUUACCAUGUCCAAAGAAGAAGAAAUAUGAUGAUGAGGAUGAAGAGGAAUACCUUAGUGAAGAGCUUAAUAGUUCUGACCCUAAUAACUCAGAAGAUGACAAAAAACCUAAGUUUGAAAAGUUCAAGAAGGAACAACUUACAAAGGACUUUAAGUUUAAGUGGGGCAUGGAGUUCAGUUCCCUAGAUGACUUUAGGGAGGCUAUACGUGAGUGGACAGUUUUAAAUGGUAGGGAAAUAACAUUUGUUAAAAAUGAGGGGUAUAGGGUGAGAGUUGAAUGUAAAGCCAAGUGUGGUUUUUUAAUGCUAUGUUCCAAAGUGGGCCACAAGCACACUUAUGCAAUUAAGACUAUAAAGGACACCCACACAUGUGCUAGGGUUUUGGAUAACAAAACUGCAAAUUCAAAGUGGGUGGCCAAGGCAGUUGUUAAGAAAAUGCAGACCUGUGAAAACUUGAGGAUAAGUGAUAUUAUUCAAGAUAUGAGGCAAAAUUAUGGAGUGGGGAUCACUGUGGGCAGGGCAUGGAAAGCAAAAAUGAUAGCAAGACAAAUGAUAGAAGGGGAUGCAGACAAGCAAUAUUCAAACUUGUGGAGGUAUGCAGCUGAAUUGCACAGGGUGAGUGCUGGAAACACUGUAAAGAUCAACAUUGAGAGGCCAUCACCUUCCAUCCAACCAAGAUUUGGUUCAUUCUAUUUCGGUUUUGAGGGAUGUAAACAAGGGUUCAUACAUGGUUGUAGACCUUUUAUUGGGGUUGAUGGCUGUCAUUUAAAGACUAAGUAUGGAGGGCAGUUGUUGAUAGCAGUGGGAAGGGACCCCAAUGAUCAAUAUUUUCCAUUGGCAUUUGGGGUUGUUGAAACAGAAACAAAAGAAUCUUGGAAGUGGUUUAUACAGCUGUUAAUGGAAGAUAUUGGAAUAGAUAAGAGAUAUGUAUUCAUCUCAGACCAGCAAAAGGGUUUGGUGGCUGUUUUUGAGGAAAUGUUUGAAAGGAUUGAGCACAGACUUUGCUUGAGGCAUUUGUAUGCAAAUUUUAAGAAAAAGUUUGGUGGAGGAGCACUUAUAAGAGAUCUAAUGAUGGGAGCAGCCAAGGCCACAUACCAUCAAGCAUUCUUGCAGAAGAUGACUGCAUUAAAGGCUGUAGAUCCACAUGCUUGGGAAUGGCUAAUGGGAGUGCCUACUAAAUCUUGGUGUAAGCAUGCUUUUAGCUAUUAUCCUAGCUGUGAUGUUUUAAUGAAUAACAUAUCUGAAUCCUUUAAUGCAACAAUCUUAUGUGCUAGGGAUAAACCAAUAUUGACAAUGUGUGAGUGGAUUAGGAAAUAUCUAAUGAAUAGGUGUAGCCAAUCUACUUUGAAACUUGAUAAGUGGCCACACAAAAUCAUGCCAAUCCCUAGGAGGAGACUAGAUGCUGAGGUAGCUAUGAGUGCUAGUUGGUAUACCCUGUAG